GUUUGUGGGUAGUGAUUUACGUGUUCACCAGACAAUAGAUUAGUAAUAUUAAUAAUUUCACUUCCACCUGUUUUAUUUUUAUAUUUACGGUAAUGUCCUUUGAACUCAAGUUUAAGGAACUCCACCAUGUGGCCACAUCGAGGUAUUACAUCUUGGCGUUCUGGAUAAGAAUCAGCCUAACGCAGACUAGCGUUAAUUAGCACAAAACAAAUCAUCCUAUUAUAUUUAGCUUGAUUUUAUCAAACAAAAUCGUCAGUCGGCGAAGUUAACAAGGGGCAGUUGUAAAUACAUCAUGUGAAAGGAUAGCACCUACUUUCCUCCGAUGAGAGGAAACUUUCCUCCUUAAAUAUUUCCAUAGUCCCUCCUCUUCUCCACACUCGGUCUCCUCCACAGCGUUUGCUUCUCGGACCAUGGCGCUGCGCUCUGCCUAUUUCACUGCAUACGUGGCGUUACAUUUUGCUCUUAUAGCAUUACUUAAUUCUACCGUAGUAACCCUGGAUAGUGGCAACUCUGGUGCUUUGUCACUUCUGCAACCGUAUGAUUAUUUGUAUUACAGAGGAGUUCGUGCGUAUUUUGGUGGGGAGUGGGCGAAGGCUGCGGAGCUGCUGGAGAAAUCCAUCCAGACCAAGGAGUUACUGUUUAGAGUCCGCAGGCAGUGUCAUGAUGACUGUGAGGCAGCAGGGAGAGAGGCAUUCAAUAAACUGGACUCUGAAAAGGAGGGGAAUCUGUGGGACCUCUGGGCCUUGGACUGGGCGCAGCAGAAGGCUGAAUGUCUGAGGUUCUGCAUUGGGCGCUCUGUCACAACUACAGGACAGCUUCCUGUCUCCAACGACAUAGAGUAUGAAUUCAGCAGUCGCAAUCCUUACAAUUUUCUGCAGGUUACAUACUACAAGUUGGGAAAGGUGCAGAAGGCGGCAGCAGCAGCUCAUACCUACUUUGUGGCCAACCCCAGUCACCUGGAGAUGAGGAACAACAUUGAGAAGUACAGACGGAUGGAGGGAGUGACUGAGGACGCCUUCCAGGACAGAGAGAUAGAGAAUGAGAAACACUGGGUCCUGUAUGAUUCUGCACUUCAACAUGAGGCCUCCUCUAACUGGCUGCAAGCAGCAGAGAAAUGGAAAGCGUGUGUGAAUGAAACGUUGCGGCAGACGGAGGAGUGCAGGGUGCAGUGUGAGGUGGCCUCCCAGCGGCUGCCCGAGGACAGGGGAGUGGACAGCGUAGACGGUGUGUUCGAGAAGGCCGCAGCUCUUUCCCUCUCCCUGCUCGCAUGUCGACAGUCCUGUGUGACUCAGGUGGCCACAAGACCGGGAAGGAUUUCUGCUCAGGAGGACUUCCUGCCCUCACAGCUGGAACAUCUGCACAUUGCACAGUUUAAAGCUGGUGAUAUUAGUGGAGCAGUGCAGACCCUUCGCUCUCUUCUCCUGUUUUACCCCUCUGAUAAGGACUCCUUAGACAACCUGCAGCUCUACUCUGAGACACUAGGUGGAGACACAGAGUCACAGCCUGCUCAGGAGAUUGUAGGAUACAUCAGUCGCUCUUUGCAGGAGAAGAAGCUACUGUAUUUUGGUGUGGAGAACCUUGACUUCAACUUCAUUGACCCAGAUCUUUGGACUCCAGAGGAUGUUGUUCCUGAAUCACUGAGGGAUGCCUGGAGAACUGAAAAGGAGAAAAUUAAUGAAAAAAUAAAAGAGGGAGAGCAGCAGGAAGAAGUGGAUGACAGUGGAUUUUUUUCAGGUGGUAAGGUCCUUCAGGUCGGUGUGACCAUCACCAUGGACGAUGAGCUUCUGAACGGGACCAAUCGCGUAGUACUCGACGGAGUCAUGACUGAGAAGGAGUGUGGCAGAAUACUGCAGUUAGCAACAGCUGCAGCAUCUGCUGGAGAUGGUUACCGGGGGCGCAGGUCUCCGCACACGCCUCAUGAGACGUUUGAGGGCUUGACUGUCCUCAGGGCUGCAAAGUUGGCUCAGGAUGGCCUGGUUAACCAAUCAGAUGCCAGACUGUUACAUGAGCUGGGCGAGAGAGUGCGAGUCCUGCUGCACUCCUACUUCAGGAGCCCCUCGGGACUCUUUGUCUCUUUCACACACCUGGUCUGCCGCACUGCUAUCACAGGGGACCAAGAAGGCAGGCUGGAUCUGUCUCACCCUGUCCAUGUUGACAAUUGUCUCCUUGAGCCGGAGACCAAGCAGUGCUGGAGGGAACCACCAGCAUUCACACACAGAGACCUCAGUGCCAUUCUCUACUUGAAUGACAACUUUGAAGGAGGAGAGUUGUUCUUCACUAACAGGGAUGCCAAGACAGUAACGGCUCGGGUAAAGCCCAGCUGCGGUCGACUGGUGGGUUUCUCUUCAGGUCCAGUAAAUCCACAUGGUGUUACUGCAGUGACCAGCGGCCGGCGGUGUGCACUGGCCCUCUGGUUCUCAAAGGAGAAGCUCUACAGGGACAUGGAGCGAGAGGAGGCAGAGGACAUGUGGGCUGCAGAUGGACAGAGUGUGGUAAAAAAGGACAAGGAGGACACCGAGGGCUCUGCCGGCAGGAAUGCUCGGAGCCAAGCACCUAAGGAGAGAAACAGAGGGAGAGGCAGGGUGACGGGAGGCAAAGAUGAGCUGUGAGAGCCAGAAUGAGCCUGACAGACUGAACCACCAAAGCUGGAAUACAUUCUCUUCGCUCUCAUGUGCCAAUCUGCCAUCCAAACCAAAUCGAACACUCCUGUUUUGAUUUUUCAGUUUUAAUUCACAAAUUCACUCUUCAUCUUGUUGCCUUUUUGUGUAAAGCUGCUUGCAUGUUCACUGUACACUGUAUUUAUACUGUAUAUUAUGAAGGUAAGUGAGGGAACACUGUCUUUUCCUCUCUCUAAUGUCAGUUUUUUCUUUUAAUUUAGCUGCGUUACCGACUUAAAAUGAACAGAUUAAAAGAAGAAAUAAAUGUGAUUCUUUACCAUUGUCACAUGAUUCUCACUUUAUACCAUAUACACACAAGUGAGAGGGACUUGAAGAACAUUAGAGACAAAGAGAAGACAAAAAAUGGGCAGAAAAGUUAAAGCAAGGCUGUGUAAUCUAGUAAGUGAUUGUCAUGUACCCUCUGUGGCUGCCUGCUGAUUAUCUUCAAUUAAAAAAAAUGGAGGAU